GCUGGCUCAGCCUGAUGCUCUAGCUGCAGCUCUGUGCUGGGUCUGGGUGCGCUGUCGCCACCGCUGUAGUCGCUGUCUGGGUCUCUUCCGCAGCACCCUUGCGCCGAGGCUGCCUCCCGGGCUCAGGGCGCAGACACCAUGUACGGAUUCGUGAACCAUGCCCUGGAGCUGCUGGUGAUCCGAAAUUACGGUCCCGAGGUGUGGGAAGACAUCAAAAAAGAGGCACAGCUGGAUGAAGAAGGCCAGUUUCUUGUCAGAAUAAUAUAUGAUGAUUCCAAGACCUACGACUUGGUGGCUGCAGCAAGCAAAGUCCUCAACCUCAAUGCUGGCGAAAUUCUGCAGAUGUUUGGGAAGAUGUUUUUCGUCUUUUGUCAAGAGUCUGGCUAUGAUACCAUCUUGCGUGUCCUGGGAUCUAAUGUCAGGGAGUUUUUGCAGAACCUCGACGCCCUGCAUGACCACCUUGCUACCAUCUACCCGGGUAUGCGUGCACCUUCCUUCAGGUGCACCGAUGCAGAAAAAGGGAAAGGGCUCAUUUUGCACUACUACUCAGAAAGAGAGGGGCUUCAGGACAUUGUUAUUGGGAUUAUCAAGACGGUUGCACAACAGAUCCAUGGCACUGAGAUAGACAUGAAGGUUAUUCAGCAAAGAAAUGAAGAAUGUGACCACACUCAAUUUUUAAUCGAAGAGAAAGAGUCGAAAGAAGAGGAUUUUUAUGAAGACCUGGACAGGUUUGAAGAAAAUGGUACCCAGGAAUCACGCAUCAGCCCGUACACCUUCUGCAAAGCAUUUCCUUUCCACAUAAUAUUUGACCGGGACCUGGUGGUCACUCAGUGUGGCAAUGCCAUCUACAGAGUGCUCCCCCAGCUCCAGCCUGGGAAUUGCAGCCUUCUGUCUGUGUUUUCUCUGGUCCGCCCUCAUAUUGACAUCAGUUUCCAUGGGAUUCUUUCACACAUCAAUACAGUCUUUGUACUAAGAAGCAAGGAAGGAUUGCUGGAUGUUGAGAAACUUGAAUGUGAGGAUGAACUGACUGGGACAGAGAUUAGCUGCUUACGUCUCAAGGGCCAAAUGAUCUACUUACCAGAAGCGGAUAGCAUCCUCUUCCUCUGUUCACCAAGUGUGAUGAACCUGGAUGAUCUCACAAGACGAGGCCUGUACCUGAGUGACAUCCCUCUUCAUGAUGCCACUAGAGACCUGGUCCUUUUGGGAGAACAGUUUCGGGAAGAGUAUAAACUGACGCAAGAGCUGGAGAUCCUCACGGAUAGGCUGCAGCUCACCCUGAGAGCCCUGGAGGAUGAGAAGAAGAAGACAGACACGUUGCUGUAUUCAGUCCUCCCUCCAUCUGUUGCCAAUGAGCUGAGACACAAGCGCCCAGUGCCUGCCAAAAGAUACGACAAUGUGACCAUCCUCUUCAGUGGCAUUGUGGGCUUCAAUGCUUUCUGUAGCAAGCAUGCAUCUGGAGAAGGAGCCAUGAAGAUUGUCAAUCUACUCAAUGACCUCUACACCAGAUUUGACACACUGACUGAUUCACGGAAAAACCCAUUUGUUUAUAAGGUGGAGACAGUUGGUGAUAAGUAUAUGACAGUGAGUGGUUUACCAGAACCUUGUAUCCACCAUGCCCGGUCCAUUUGCCACCUUGCCUUGGACAUGAUGGAAAUCGCUGGCCAAGUUCAAGUAGAUGGUGAAUCUGUGCAGAUAACCAUCGGCAUCCACACCGGGGAAGUGGUGACGGGUGUCAUUGGACAGCGGAUGCCGCGGUAUUGUCUUUUCGGAAAUACUGUCAACCUCACAAGCAGAACAGAAACCACAGGAGAAAAGGGAAAGAUAAAUGUUUCUGAAUAUACAUACAGGUGUCUAAUGUCUCCAGAAAAUUCAGAUCCACAGUUCCAUCUGGAGCACAGAGGCCCAGUGUCCAUGAAGGGCAAGAAAGAGCCAAUGCAAGUUUGGUUCCUAUCCAGAAAAAACACAGGUGUAGAGGAAACAAACCAGGAAGAGAACUGAACCUCAGAUGGUGGGACAGAGAAAACUGUCAAGUUGGCUUCUGGUGGCAGCCUCAUAAGUGUCAAGCCCAGGAGCAUUUCUUCCCUGUGGAUACCGAUUUCUACUGCCCUUUUUAGUGACCCAAGGCUUUCUGCUAGUUACAAAUAUCUGACACUAUUCAUUAUCUGAUGUUAGCUCUGCUUGUGAUUAUUUUUAAGGUCUUUGUAUAGUUUCUAAAGUUUGGCUUUUGAUGUGGAUGAUUUGAACUCCAUGUUCAUUAAAUUCUGUUGCAAUCAUUACCUAAACUGGUGAUCUAGAAGUGGUAGACACCCACUAAGUAUUUGUUGAACUAGAUUAACUGAGACUUAAUAGUAUCUAGCCAUGUGUAUAUAUAUCAUGGCUCAGCAGGUUUGUUUUAUGCUCCACAUAUAUGUACAUGUAUAUUUUAAUGACUAUGACAUAAAACAAAGUUUCUAUCAUGUUGGUGCAUGUCAUCUAGAAACCAUUUUCUAAAGGAGUGAAUCUAAGUUUUAGGAAAAAUGCAAUUUAUUUCUAGACUUCUGAAGUAGGAAUUAAUAUGCUGUACUAAGAAGACAGUGACUAUUUUGAAAUAUGUUAAUUCCCUUCUGGAAAUAUAAUAUAUACCUUUUUAUUAUUGUAAGACUUGGUUGCUCAUUCAAAUCUCAUGCCAAUUACAGUUUACCUAGCAUCUGACAUGCCCUAAUUCAUAUUGCACUCCUUGUAAUGAGUUUCAGAAAUCACUGGUGGCUAUGAUGGGACUGCAUUGUUUCACACUGAAAGAUUACAUUUGCAACUGUUGGGGGUCAAACUAUAUAUAUCCAGAAAUAAAGCUGGGAAUACAUAGUCAGGAUACUGCUCUUAGAGCCAACUUUGGCCUAUCUCCACACCUGUGCUUCCUUGAUUAGUUUAGAAGAAUAUUAACUGACUGAGGACAUCAUAUUCAGAACAUUCAGAAUGCAUUUAAUAUGUUGGAAUAUUUGACCUAUCAUCCUUUAAAUGUCUCUGAUAAUUUAUUGAUAUCUAUCUUUAUAAAAUAUAGUGAAACUACUUUUGUGUAAAAAUGUUUGUCUUUAAAUUUAGUAUUUCAUAUCAGCACAUCAAUAUAUGUAUAAAUGUUACAUGUUAAUUGUGUAAAAAACUCUACAAUAAAUUAUUUUUUUCACUUGUC